AUGGAGCUCCAACCAGCGGACGUCGACGCGCGUAGAGACGAGCUGUACUGGGUGCGCGCGGCGCGGCUGCUCCUCUCCGCCGCGCCCGAGCACCUCUUCGCUCCCCGCUUCAAAGCGCUGUGGAAUCGGCGCUACCCGGAUCUGCCGUGGGACGCAUCGCGAGGCGGCCUCCUGGUCGACGGCUCGCCGUCCUUUGAGCUCGAGCUCCCCGGCACCGUGACAUUCGAGCGCGGCUCGGCGUCGAUCAUGCUGACCGCAGAGGAUUUGAGCGGCAAGCUCCCUCAGCGCGUUCGCUUUACGCUGCGUGCGCCGGGCGGCUCGCUGCUGGGCGAAUACCGCGUGACGCCGGGCAAGCGUGCUGCCGAGUAUAGCGCGUCGCGGCUGCCUGUCGACCCCGCCUGCAGCGGCGCGCUCGAUGUGGAGCUGGGAGUGCUGCGGCAAACGGUGCUCGGCUGCCGGCCCGGCUCGGAGGCUACAAAGGGCAACGCGCCCGACAAGCUGAGGGCGGGGCUGCCGGAGAAGUGGGACGGCGGGCUGCAUAUGAGCGUCUGGACGGACCAUUGGCUCGACUUGGGCUGCCCGGCGUCGCUGCGGGACGACCUCAAGGCGAUCAACGACUUCUGCAAUCAGCUCAUCGCGCACGCCGCCAACCCCGGCCGGCUGACGCUGCCGCUGGAGGAGUACCGGCGGCUUCGUUCGAUGCUCCAGGCGUUUGCAAAAGACCACGUGAGGGCGCUGGACGCCUCGUCGUGCGAGGCGAUGCUGCAGGCCAUCGACGAAGUGCACCGCAUGACGUUUCAGACGCCGGCGUUUGAGGAGUUGAGGGAGGCGAUGCAGUUGGAGGCGCAGGUCCAGGCCCAGCAGCAGGUGCAGCAGCAGGCGGAGGAGACGCGGCAGCAUCGCGAGGCCGAUCUUGGUCUCAUGGAGCUGGAGGCGAACCUGCGGCUAGAGGCGGCGCAGCUGAAGGUGAAGCAUGCGCUGGCAAUGCGCGACGCGAUUCGGCGCGACCGGCGACUCACGACGCUUCCGAUCGUGCCUCUCGACGUCGUUUCACGACAGCAGCUCGAUGAGCACUCCACCCGUUCCGCCGAGGAGCACUCAGCAGCUCCCCUCUUGCACGCGGCCUCGUCAUCGCGACAGCAGCUCGAGGAGCACUCGGCUGCUCUUGCCACGCCCCCCUCGGCGGCUGCGGGGAAAGAGCGCGGCGCAACGCUAUCCUCAUCAGGGGGCAGCGAGAGCUCCGACUUUUCCGCUGCCUUCAGGCAGGGUGCCAGCGGCGAGAUUACCAUGGUCAUAAAGCGUGCGUUGCGGCCGCUCCGCGUCGCGGCCGAGGCGAUCGAGGUGCUCUGGUUCGAGGAGGAAUCGAUCGUCGUCGGGGCGGCCGCGGGGGAAGAGCGCAGCGCAAUGCUGUCCUCAUCAGGCUCCACCAUCCUUACCAUCACCCUCGAGGGCAACUUAACCGGUCCGCCGCCCUUCGACAGCGGAGCGUUCAAGACGAGGCUCGCCGAGAAGCUCGAUCUGCGGCCCGACGACCAGUUCAAAGUCAGACUGGUCAAGCAAGGCGGCCGUGGGCAGCACGAGGUGCAGACGAGCCAGAGCUUCUUCGUCCGCGUCGAGGUCGAUGAGCAGGGCUACCUGAGCUACGAGUCAAGCUCUUUGGAACCCGCCGGCGCGAGCGGCAGCAAGAGCCGCUUCUCUUCUGCCUCAUCAGGCAGCAGCGGCGCCUCCACCAUCCUUACCAUCACCCUCGAGGCGGGCAGCUUAACCGGUCCGCCGCCCUUCGAUAUCGAGCAGUUCAAGGAGAUGCUCGCCGAGAAGCUCGAGCUGCGGCCCGACGACCAGUUCAAAGUCAGACUGGUCAAGCACUGGUCAGGCGGCCGUCAUCAGCACGAGGUGCAGAUGAGCCUCUUCGUCCGCGUCGAGGUCGACGAGCAGGGCUACGCGUCGAGGUCGACGAGCAGGGACCUGAGCUACGAGCGCGAGACUACUGAGUCCGCCAGCGCGAGCGGCAGCGAGAGCUUCGACUUAUCCGCUGCCUUCAGGGAGGCCGCCAGCGGCGAGAUUACCAGGCACGUACAGCGUGCGUUGCGGCCGCACCGCGUCUCGCACGACGCGAUCGAGGUGCUCUGGGUCGAGGAGGGAUCGAUCGUCGUCGCCCGUUCGGAGGUGUGGAAAUGGGUGGAUCAGCUGCAGAGCGGAGAGGACGGGCUGCAGGAGCAGGCCGCGGGGGCGCUGAUGCGCCUCGCUGCCAACGCCGACAACCAAAGGCGGGCGAUCGCAAAGGCGGGUGGCAUCGCGCCGCUGGUGGCGCUGGCUCGCAACGGCACGGACGGGCAGAAGCAGCAGGCCGCGAAGGCGCUGGCUUACCUCGCUCUCAACGCCGACAACAAGGUGGCGAUCGCGAUGGCCGGCGGCGGUGUGCGUGAGGAGGAGCCGUCGUCCGCGCUCGCCGAGGCGUUGCUCGGCGGCAGCCGGCCGUGGAACUGCGCCAAGCUGAUGUUGGUCGGUGAGGGGCGCGCAGGCAAGACGUCGACGAUGCGAGCGCUGCUCGGCCAACCCUUCAACGCUUCGGAGGCUUCGACGAACUUGGCGUCGACGGAGGCGUGCACCGUCUCGCGCGAGCUCGCCGAGAGCUGGCAGCCGAUCAAGCUCGGGCUGCUUGGUUUGGCGGACGAGCUCGCCAAGGCCUUGGCGAGCAGCUUGCGCGAGCUCGAGCUCGGCGACGCUGAGCGGGCGCUCUUUGAGGACAAGAAUACCGCCGCUCGCCUCGGACGCUCCAUCGCGCAACGCAUCGACCGCGGCGCGACUAUGGCGACGGCCGUGAGGGAGGCGGUCGAUGAAGAGAAGCGGCGGCAAGCGGAGGAGGAGGCGGCGCCAACGCAGCAGCAGCAGCAGCAGCAGCAGCAGCAGCAGCAGCAGCAGCAGCAGCAGCCGCCGCAGCCGCCGCAGCAGCAGCCGCCGGCGCAGCAGCCGCAGCAGCCGCAGCAGCCGCCGCCGCCGCAGCAGCCGCAGCAGCAGCCGCCGCAGCCGCCGCAGCAGCAGCAGCAGCAGCAGCAGCAGCCGCAGCCGCAGCAGCAGCAGCAGCAGCAGCAGCAGCAGCAGCAGCAAGAGGGACGGAGGAGGGAGGAGGAGGACCGAGAAGAGCACGCGGUGCGCCGGCUCGACAUGGACGCGGUGAGCAGGUUCGUGCGCGACGGGGUUGAGGAGGAGAUCCGGCUGAUCAUCUAUGACCUUGGCGGGCAGCGCGUCUUCUACACGCUGCACCACCUCUUCCUCACGCGCAACGCCGUGUACCUUGUCGUCUUCGACAUGCGCCGCCUCGUCGACACGGGCGCGACCGAGCCCAUUGACGAGUCCGAGCCGAGCAAGGGCAGCCGGCCGGUGUACGACGUCGUUGGCUGCGUGCGUUUCCUGCGCUUCUGGCUGUGCUCGCUCUUCACGCACGCGCGCGGUGCCAAGGUUCUCCUCGUCGGCACGCACGGCGACAGCGUUUCGAGCGCCGCGCAGCACCGCGCCAUCGCGGCGCGGCUCGAGGAAGCCUUCGGCGAUGACAACGCUGCCAACGGCUCGGGCAUGUUGCUCGGGAUGGGCGAGGGCUGGUGCCUCGAUGUCGAGUGGAACGGUGAGGACGAGGAGGAGGACCUCUGCUUCUUCCCCGUCGACAACUCGCGCCGCCCCGCCGACCCGAUCCUGCAGCGGCUGAAGGGGAAAGUGGACGCCAUCCUCAAGGAGGAGGAGUUUGUGCAGACACCCGUGCCUCUGGCGUGGUACGAUCUGCACGACCAGCUGCAGGCCGCGGCGACCAACUCGGCGAACCCGGCGCCUGUGCUUCGCAGAUCGGAGGUGGCGCAGCUUGCUCCGUCGCUUUCCGAGGAGCAGCUUGAGGCGGCCCUCCAGCUCUUCCACCAGCUCGGCAUGCUGCUCUACUUUAGCGACGGUGGUUUACGCGAGUGGGUGACGCUCGACCCGCAGUUUGUCGUCGACCGUAUCAGCGCGGUCGUGCGCGACUACGCGCUGCACCCGCAGAAGAGCGAUAAGGAGGCGCGAAAGCUCGCGGCCGACUGGAAGCAGCUCAAGCGCGAGGGCAUCGUGAGCGAGCGGCUGCUGCACCGCUUGUGGCACGAGCACAAGGCUAUGAUCCCGCACCUGACGCAGUUGCUCGAGAAGCUCGGGCUCGCAUGCCCGCUCCCCGGCGAGAAGACACGCUACCUCGUGCCGUCCGUGCUGCCCGCCGUCGACGCCGCCGAGGCCUCGGGCUUCGCGGAUGCGCACGGUUGCGCGGAUGCGCACAAAUGCUGGCUCUACCUCGAGCUGGGGGGCACGGCCAACGGCGAGAUACUGUUCUUGCCGGAGUCGCUCUGGGCGCGCCUGCUUGUCAAGUGCGAGCAGUACUCCAUGGUGCUCAAUCGGCGCGGCGGGUGCGCGGAAUCGCUCAACAAGCUGACGCGCGAUUGGGCGCUACUCGUCUUUAGCGGACAGCCUUUCCUACUCCGCCGCGACGAGGCGUCGCACGAGGUGGUCGUGCUCAUCCGCGACGCGUACCCUACCGCCGUCGCCGAGCAGGUGGCCCAGCUUGCGAGCGAUGUCUGCGCCGAGUGGAUAAGCGAGCUGCGCGUGCGGCUGCUCGUCGACAUCGAGGGCGAGUGCUUCGAGCUGCGGGAAGCAAAGCGCAAGUUGCGUGAGCGCUGGCCCAUCCACCACUCGCGGACGAAGCGCGAGCUGACGCGCGCCGACUUUGCGCCGUGGGUGCCGCCCGAGACGGUGAGCUCGUACGACGCCUUCAUCGGCUAUCGGCAGGAGUCCGAGUCGACGCUCGCGCAGUUGCUCUACCACGACCUGAGCGCGCGCACCAUCGGCAAGGACGGCCGACAGUUGCGAGUCUUUCUCGACCGCGAGCGGCUACAGAUGGGCAAGCGGUAUGACCUCAGUUUUGCUGAGGGCCUCGCCGCAUCGAGCGUGGUCGUGCCGCUCAUCUCGCACGGUGCGAUCGAGGGGAUGGAGCACCUCGACCCGGACAAUGGCGUGGACGAAGUGGACUAUCUGCUCGUUGAGUGGCAGCUGGCGCUCGCGCUGAAGGAGGCGGGCCGCGUGCAGGCGAUCCAGCCCAUCUUGAUCGGCAAGCGGCAGCCCAACGGCGCGAUGUCCGACUUCUUCACCGACGGCUCGAAGGGGCGGCUGAAGGACUCCGUCUCCGCAGCCACGCUCGCGGCGGUCCGCGACUGUGCGCAGCACGUCGGCCUCGAGCUCUCGAACAAAGCCGAGAGCCGCACGAUCAAGCAGACACUCGACGAGAUGCUCCUCUUCCAGACGACGCUCUGGUGGGAUCUCAAGGGCGGCGGUGUGAAGAGCGACACUCCGUUUGCUCGCAUGUGCGCCGAGCUCGUGCUAGGGUGCGUGCUGCCCGAGGCGGCGGGCUGCGCGAUGGCGGCCGUUGCGGCGGCGCCGCAGGCGGCCGUGGCUUCGCCACCGGCGCCACCGGGAGUGGCCGCGCCCUUCUCGGUGGCGAGCGACGCCUCCGCGGAGCGGCUCGUGAUGGCCUUUGCGGACAUCUUUGUAUCGCUGCGACUGAGCGAGGCGAAGGACCAGGCGCUUGAAAUGAAGGCGGCGAUCGAGGCGGUGCGCCCCGGCGUCAGGUGCUUCGUGAGCGGCAACAAUCCUUUCGGAUCGCGCAUCGACAGGAUCAUCAGCGAUGCGCUUGUCGGUUGCCGCCUCGCAAUCGUCAUGGGCACAAGGACCUAUGGCUCGCCGACGCCAAGUACCUUCAGCACCGAGCAGGAGCUUCAGUACAUCUUAGAGACGCCGAAGCCCCUUUUUUUGAUCAAGAUGUGCGACCGCUUUGAGGUGAGCUCGACACAGCUCAAGCUCGGGCCGCGGGGUGGCAGCAUCAAGUACAUGGAAUGGAUGCCCGGUGCGCCGAUGCCGGAAGGUGUUGUCUCCGCGAUCCUCUCCACGCUCGAUAGCUUCGCUGGUUCGGGCUUCGCGCCAGCUGUCAAGGCGCCAUCGAGCGGAGGCGGCGCGGAGGCUGGGCUCAUCGGGCAGGAGCAGGGCGCACGCGAAGGGGAGCUUGUGCGCGCGUACGUCUUCGUCUCCGAUCACGUCGAGCCACCCUUCCGGCGGCGACGCAUCAAGUUUGCACUCGAGCCGGACCCGACCGGCCGCUCGCGCGACCUCACGUACGAACGUUUCACGCUUGGUGGCGACCAUCACCUAUGCGUGCCUCGAGGCGCCGAAGUGACGAUGCAGCUCCUCGAGUGCACGACCAGCUUCGGCCCGUGGCGAGGGGCCCUGGCAACUCGGGAGAUGCGCGGCUUCGUCAACGCCCGCCGCGGCGACUGCGAGGUGGAGGCCCUCGUCUUCGGCAUCGAGCCAACUCUGCCGCCUGCUCACGAGCCGUUCUCGUUUGUGUUCCCCAACUGGGAGCAAGGCCCGCCCCUUGACCUCCGGUUCGAGCGAGACCUGCUCAUUUUCGUCAGCAGCCCGGCCGCGAAGACACUGCAGCACGCUCACGACGAGGCGCGCUCGGUGCAGGAGGUUGCCGCUCUCGUGAGCUCUCGACCGGUGCACAUACAGCAGGGCGGCACAUCGCAGCAGCUGCAGGACGAGCUCCUCAGCCGCACGCCGCGCUGCUUCCUGUUCAUCGGUCACGGGCUGGAGGAUGGAUCCGGGCCCACUCUCGGCUUCACUACCGAGGAUGGCCGCUUCCAGAGGGUCGACAAUGACGCGUUGGUCACCUUCUUUACCCAGCUGCCCAACCCGCCGCAGCUCAUUUUUCUCAACGGCUGCAACACGUUGGAACUCGGCCAGAGGCUGCAGCAGCAGGGGAUAGAGUGCGUCAUCUGCUGGGAGACGGAUGUCAACGACGAAGCAGCGCGCGCAUUCUCCGCUGCCUUCUUCCGCUCAUACUGCCAUUCAGGGCGCUACGAGCUCGCGUUUGAGCAGGCCAAGUGCGCGAUCCUUAACGUGCCUCGGCCGUCGCCUCAGAUUGGCCCCCCGCCACUCGUCGAUGCGCCAAUUUACGAGCUGAGACGCCCUUCUCCGCACGAUGGGGACAGGGUCGGCGCUGGUGUACCUCGAAUGCUCCUCGGCGGAAGCGGCGGUGGAGCUGGCGGCGGCGGCGGCGGCGGCGGCGGCGGCGGCGGCGGCGGCGGCAGUGGCGGCAGUGGCGGUAUCUUCAGCGGCGGCAUCGUCGAGGCUGCUGGCAGUGGCGUGGGCGGCGGCGAGGCCACUCGGGGCUACCACAACUAUGAGGGCGCCUACAGCCAGCAGCCCGGACCCGCUAGCACGCCCGACGAACGCGGACAGAAUGUCGCACACUUCUUCGGGCGGUUGUUCGUCGAGUCCGGCGGCAAGGCGAUGCAGCUGUCGACCGCCGCUGCGGGCCAGCCGAUUGCGCAAGGCGAGUUCCGCUGCAUCGCGAGCUACGCCUUUGACUGCAAGGCCGGCCCCUCUCGAGCCUACUACUACGAGAGCUGGCCGCACGGCUUGUCAGCGGUCGACUACGCCCUGCUGCACGUACACUACGCGGUCGAGACCGACGUGCUCAAGCCCGGAGAGCCGACGCACGUCAACUUCCGGCGGUGCUGGCGGGUUCACCGGGCGACCAUCGACGACAUGAUGGCCGGCCUGACCGACUACCCGCCUCCCGCGGGGAUGCCCGACGUGGCCAACAAACAUGGCCACAGCGACCAGUCCAUCUGGAAGGAGUGGAUCGACGAGUUCAAGGGCGGCGGUGCUGCGGCGCACUACCAGGCGUACCUGCACAACUGGUCGGGCGAUCCGAGCGUCAACCCGACGAAGCAGUUCUUCUGCCCGACCGCGGGGUUCGGCUGCCUUCCGCCGGGCGAUGGACUGUGGAUGGAGGACGCGACGGGCGGCUAUCCGCUCACGGGCGGCUACGAGAGCGCCCACUUCAAGAUUGGGCCGUGGUCUUUCUUCGGCACCGCGACUGCGCCGAGCUUUGCUCCAGAACCUUCGACGAGAAUCGAUGUAGACCUCAGUCACGAGGGGUGUGUGGAGGCGCGCUAUGAUAAUGGCAGCUCGACUGUGGUAAUGACUGGCAAGUUCCUGGGGGCGCUCACGCAAGCGCCGCCGCAACCGGCCGGGAAGGCCGAGAGGAGGCAAAAGUGUAAGCACUUCAACAAGGCGCUGCAGUUCGCCCCCGUCGCCUGGUGGACGCAGACGGCGGGAGCGCCAGAGGAAGUGGAUGUCCCUCCAUUCCGGUGCCCUGCGGUGGCCGGCAUCGAGUACCAUUGCCGCGUCCGCGCGUACCGCGUCCGCACGUCACCUGGGGAGGCGCCAAAGCCAGCGAUCGUGUCCGCCGCUGAGCUAGCGCCUGUGCUGCAGUGCGGAGAAGAACUCCGGCAGCGCAAAGUGUCCGCCUGGGAGGACAACGCGACGACCGGGCUGUACCGGACUGGCGCCGGGCAAGCGCUUGGCUACUCGGCCAUGAUGCGCGCCAGUGCCAGGCUUUCGACGCUUGCCGACCUCGCCAGCGACCGCGAGGGGGGCGCCUCGUCGGAGGGCAGCAGCAGCGACGACCUCUGA